GCCUUCGCCUGCUGCCCAGCUGCGUUGACUUGGAGCCCGCAGGCGUGAGCAAGAUGUCUCGCAACCCGGUUUCCCUGAAGCAGAGGCUGUCUGCGCUGGCCAUGUCGAGUUCCUCUCCCUCCGCUCCCCCAGGCGAAUAUCAGCCUCAGUCACCCCGACGGGCGCUCUUCAAUGCUCCGUGGCUGCGCCGGAGCAAUGCGACACCGGCGUCCAGUUAUGUCGACCACGAGCAGCUACAAGUUGUCAUGGCUAGGAUGAUCUACCAGGCUGGAGUGGACUUCGAGACGAGACCAAUGGUUGUCAUCAACGCGUCGGCGCUUCCGGACCCUCGAGAAGUGUCCUACGAUCUCCUCCUUUCUCGUAUUCUUGCGUAUCUUAAUCUUUAUGUCGAAUCGGAUUACACUGUCGUUUUCUUUGCUGCUGGAGGCAGGCAUACCCCGGGAUGGAACUGGGUCUGGAAGGCGUAUCGGAGCCUGAGUCGGAAGUACCGGAAGAACCUGAAAAGUCUAUAUAUCGUGCACUCAAACUUCUUUACUAAAAUGCUCUUCUCACUAGCUGGGGCUAUCAUUAGCCCCAAGUUUUUCCGCAAGAUAUGCUACAUCAACACCUUAUCGGAGCUUGCUUGUCAUGUUCCUCUCACUCAGAUUGAUAUACCACCGGCUGUAUAUCAGGAGAAUAUCAGAUUUGAGAAGGAAAUCAGGCUGCCGAUUGUCACGAGAGCCGACCUAUUUGGCGUACCUCUUGAAGAGCUCAUGGGAUAUGACGGCGAGAAGGGCGGCUUGCCCCGGGUUGUGAGGGAUGCGAUACACUUCCUGCGGGAGACAGGGAUGGAGGAAGAGGGACUUUUCAGGCGAUCUCCCAACUCCGUCCUCCUGAGACAAGUCAAAGAGGCCUACGAUCGAGGACAUGUUGUUUCCCUCGAGAGUUUUAACGACCCACACCUCGCCGCCGUCCUCAUCAAGAAAUAUCUCCGUGACCUUCCAGACCCUAUCUUCCCGGAAAGCUUAUACUCAACCAUUCGUCGCUGUCCUCCGCCGAGCAAUGACCCUACUGAUGUUAUCGCUAUUCAAUAUGUUCGCGAGACGCUGUUCCCGCAGUUACCUCCUUGCGCAUAUAUCCUCCUCAGCAACGUCCUGCAUCUGAUGCACGAAGUGUCCCUCCGCUCAGCCUCAAAUCGAAUGGACGCAUACAACCUUGCCGUCGUACUCUGUCCGAACCUCGUCAAGGGGUCGAGUCCUCUACGCGACGUACAAUUGUGCGCCAUCCCUGGUGCACCGAAUAUAGGUGGCGCCCCGUCUACGCCCGAUACCCCAAAUGCAGCCGCCCUUACUGAGGGCAAGACUACUCUCGGCGCCAUCGUCAAGCUCUGCAUCCAACGGUACUUCGAGGUGUUCGAUGAGGUGUGGGACAGGACGGAAGCGGUGCCCGUUUUCAAGCGUCCCCAAGCCGAGGCAGCAGAGGAGAGCGGUCUUUCCUCGAGCUCAUCGUCAGCAUCUGGAGUGGCGGACACGAGCGGCACGUUCUACCACGAUGAUGAGGAAGACCUGGACGACGCGAUGCUCGUCAUGCCCAUCGGUCCUGGGAACCACGCGGACGGCGGCGGCACAUACAAAUAUCGGCAUAGGACAACACGAUCCCGUGGCGACUCUGUCGCGCGAUCGAUGUAUACGACCGGAAACGGUACGAUAUCUGCGACGCCGACCGUGGGUAAGGCCCGCUCAACCAUCAGCAUCGAGAAGGGCAGCAGACAUAUGACGGGGAAGAAGGGUUCGAUCUCUAUCGGCCGCGGGACAACGCGAGGCAAAAGUUCCGCCAGCGGCGUGGAGGCUACGGGCAUCACCGCUGCAGGUUUCUUCACGCCGCCCAGCUCGGCGCCGCCAGUACCUAAUCUACCCCGGCCUAGAGGAGACCGCCUGAAUGGGAAAGAUUGAAAACCGGUAGUAGUGCUUGUUUGUCACAUAUCGCGCUCCUCUCAUUGCUUUAGCCUUCGGUGCUGUGAUAUUCGUUCAUAAUUGUUUGCAGAUUUCAGGGUGUGGAUCAUGCUUAUACUCGCUUGCUACAUACAUGCUGCUUUGGAUCAUACCCCUCAUUACAUCGGGACUGUUGGAGAUUGUGGGCCACUACGCGUUGUGGAAAGCUGGCCAUUCGACGCUACUUAUGGUCAAAGUAGAACAUAU